CACACAUACAAUGGCUUCCAAGUUUGUAGUACUCGCCGCCCUGAUCGCCGUAGCCCACGCCAGCGGUGGUUACAGCAGCUUCUCCUAUGGCGUGUCCGACCCCCACACCGGCGACGUGAAGAGCCAGCAUGAGACCCGUGCCGGUAACAACGUGGUCGGACAGUACUCGCUGUUGGAGUCCGACGGUACCCGCCGCACAGUUGACUACGCCGCCGACGCACACAACGGUUUCAACGCCGUCGUACGCAAAGACCCAGCUUACGUCACCCACGCCGCUCCCGCCCACGUUGCCUACUCCGCUGGGAUUGCCGCCUCUCCCAUUGCCUACUCCGCAGGAAUUGCCGCCUCUCCCCUCGCCUAUGGAGCAGGAAUUUCAGCUUCUCCCGUCGCCUACGGAGCUGCUCUCAACUACGGAGCCGCCGCUCCCCUCGCUUACGGAGCUUCUCCUUUGGCCUAUAACUCAUACGCCGCCGCUCCCCUCGCCGUUGGUUACGGUGCCCAGGGUCUCGGCUACGCUGGUCGUCUUGGCUGGUAA